AUGGUCAAGGCCGACGAUGGCUCUGAUGUUGCGCGCAUCACCUACACCACCGUGGAUGUCGAUCACCCCGACAAGCUCGCUGCCCCGGUCUCCCGCCUCUGCUGGAGCAUUGGCCCAUGCAUCGCCGCUCUUUCCCCCGCUCUGGUUGCUUGUGUUACUGCGGCCGCCUCCUUUGGAACCAACCUUGCCGCGGACGCCGCUUGCGCUGCGGCUGCUGCGAACGCCGGUGUCAACAUUCCCAAGGCUUGUGACGGCUGCCUCUAA